UCCAGGAGGUGGCAGCAGUUCCCCAGCGGCAGUAAGACCUAAAGAAGAAGACGCCUCUGCUCUUCCUCCUACUGGUGCUAAAGUGACCUCUGCUGCUAAUCGUAAGCCUGCCGUGAAACUAUGGUUCCUCCGGUUCCAGUGUCACCUCUGAUUAAGACAGCCAGGUACUCAGCUUUGAUUGCUGGGAUCAUAUAUGGCAAAAGGAGAUAUGAUCACCUGAAGCCUAUUGCAGCAGAAGAGAGGAAGAUUGAGGAGGAGGAGAAGAAGGUCCGUGAAGAGCAGGAGCGCAUCGCCAAGCAGCUAGCAGAAGCAAAUGAAGACACCAUUCUGAAGUAAAGCCUUGGAGUGCUGUUUGAGGAUGUCCUCGUCCAUGUGCAAUUUCCAAUCUCUUCCUCCUUUUUCUGGAGUAGCAAAGGCAAAAUGGGGUCACUGCCACUCAAAAACACUCCCAUUAUGUGGACAUUUUCACCGUUACCUUUAAUAAUACAGCAGCCCUUUGGAUUUCCAGAUAUUGUGAUUUAAUGUUAGUCAAGGAUUAUGGAGUAAAGCUUUUGAACUCUUAAUGCCAUAUAUGCACUGUGGUCUUUGUUCUCCUUCAGUCAGUUGAAUUCUUGAUUGCUUUUGCAGUCAACACUUUUUCUCAUUAAAUGGUGAAAUAUAUAAUUUAUUUACAGUUACCUUUUUUUACUGCCAACACCUUUUUGGAUCACUGGUUUCCAUUUACAACACCGACUUCAAAAUUUGCAGAAUUGUCUGGGAACCAUUUACAAAGGGGUGCUGGUUAGUUUAGUAAAUGUCUCGUUUCUUCUUAAGAAAUGCUGAUGAAACACGGAGUGUACUGAUUUAUUUUUUUUUUCCUCCACUUUCGUGCACCUCCGUAAUGCUUCUCAGGUCCUGUGUAAGUUGAUGAUGAAAGCACUGUUCCCUCCAACCUCACUCCAGAGCACAGGUUGUCAAUUCAUUUAUACAAAUCCUGUUCAAUCCAAGGAGCUUUUGAGGUAUUAUGUCCACUUUCUCCAGCCUUCACUUUAAGCUUUUCAAUAAAGACAUAAGAAGUAAAACUCUG